UUUGCCUCCGGAUCCAGAUUAACCCCCAGAACAAAGGCGAGUUCCAAGGCAUUUCACCAGAGCGGGCAUUUGCCGAUUUCCUCUUUGCCAACACCAUCCUCCAUCUUGUCGUCAUCAAUUUUGUGGGCUGA